AAGGCGUGUUAUGCUAAUGGUUGUUAGCCGGUCAAGCUAGCAUCUGCUGCUUGCCUGCUCGGCUAACCGGUACCGAGACACUCGAAUCCCGCAAUUAUGGCUGGUGUCCAUCCUCAGGAUGACGUGCUGAAAAUGACUCACAGAGAAAGUUGGAGGCUGCAACACGAGCGCCUGCACGUCAAACACAAAGGACACGAGGCCAUGCACGCCGAGAUGGUUCUGAUCCUGGUGGCUACUCUGGUGGUGGCCCAGAUCGUGCUGGUCCAGUGGAAGCAGCGCCACCACCGCUCCUACAACCUGGUCACGCUGGUCCAGAUGUGGGCUGUGCCCCUUUACUUCACCCUGAAACUCUACUGGUGGAGGUUUCUGUCCAUGUGGGGGGUCUUCUCCGUCAUCACCAGCUACAUCAUCUUCAGAGCCACGCGCAAGCCGCUUGCCCGCCGGACACCGAGGAUGGUGUACAAGUGGUUCCUGUUGAUCUACAAGCUGAGCUACGCCGUCGGCCUCCUCGGCUACACGGCCAUCAUGUUCACCAUGUUUGGCUUCAACGUCUUCUUCAGGAUCAAGGCAGAGGACUCCAUGGACGUGGGCGUGGUCAUGUUGUUCUACGGGCUUUACUACGGCGUGCUGGGCCGGGACUUUGCAGAGAUCUGCUCUGACUUCAUGGCCUCCACCAUCGGGUACUACAGCCACGGCGGCAUCCCCAGCCGGGGUCUGAGCGAGCACGUCUGCGCCGUGUGCGCCCAGAAGAUCCUGGUGGACGUGGACGAGGAGGGCGUCAUCGAGAACACGUACCAGCUGUCCUGUGGUCACACAUUCCACGAGUUCUGCAUCCGUGGCUGGUGCAUUGUGGGGAAGAAGCAGACGUGUCCUUACUGCAACGAGAAGGUGGACUUGAAGACCAUGAUGAACAACCCCUGGGAAAAGACUCACGUUCUGUACGGACAGCUGCUGGACUGGCUGCGGUACCUGGUUGCCUGGCAACCCAUCAUCAUCGGCAUCGUCCACGGGAUCAACUUCUCACUGGGGCUGGAAUAGCAUCCCUGAGGCGCGUCGCU